CAGUUGGGCUGUAUGAGGAUUUGGAGAAAAUGUCUGGGUUAAUGACACAGUAUUGUGAGUCUUAUGUCGGUUCCUGUUAUGAACCUCGGCAAGGGGAAAUGUGUUUGGCAAAGUUUAGUGAAGAUGGCUUGUGGUACAGAGCAGCGUGUAUAGAACCAUGCCUUACUUCGUGUUUGUUGGUGUUUGUGGACUAUGGAAACAUAGAGGAUGUCAGAAUGGAAGACAUACGACAGAUCACUGAUACGUUCUUAGAACUUCCUUGUAUUGCUCACCAUGCUGUUCUUAAAGAUAGUGAGGUAUGGAUCACACAGUGUUUAUUUGAGGAUUGGUCAUCAACUGGACCUUGCUCUCAGUCAGCCCUUAAUGUCUGGAAAAGGAAAUUUCUAAAAAAUUAUUAUCCAGGUUGA